AAUUCCAAUGAGGGUUAGAGGUAGGAAUCACCACGUGUGUCGAAGGAUGUUUGCGCAUGCGCUUUUGGGUGUUUAAAUAAAUCGAUUUUUUUCGAAUAAUAUGAAAUAUCCGACAAAAUUUAAGCUUUCAUAAUGAUAAAAAUACAUCAAUUAUUCAAGAAACCAAUUCAGCCAGGGUAUUCCAUGUUUUUUUAAAUAUUACAUUAUUGUAUGUAAUAGAGAGCCCUGGCAUACGCGCACCACUGGCGCAUCUGUUUCCCCCCUCUUGCAGCCGCCACACACUCCGUUGUCGUCGUUCAGGGUUGUAAUAUAGUGUAGCUGUAGGGUAGCUGCUGGGGGGGGAGGCUGUGUGCAGUUUUAUCACCAGUGAGGGUUACAGCCAGUAAUCCGUCAUUGUUAAAAAAAAAAAAAAAGUCAAUAACAAAAACAUGGCCAUUCAUAAUUUAUUUAAUUUAGACAAGAUAUAAUAAUACUCAAAGAUUAAUAUUGAAGCAAAUUUCUGCUUGACUUCCGGUGGCGUUUUUUUUUAUCAUUAUCUAUCCGUCAGUGUUUUAUUUAGGAUCCAUAUUUUAAUAGGAGUAGACGAUCAGGGCAAGGUUACUUUUCAAAGAGAAAUUUGAUUAGAAAUUAUGGCACCGUCCGGGCUCGAAGUGAUCCUCGUUGGAUUUAUACUCGUUCUUCCAUUCUUGUAUGAGACGAGUAAAACGUUUAGGUAUUAUUUCAAAUUCCUCAUGUAUUAUGGAAUCGUCAUGGUAAAUUCUAUUAUUCUCAUCCCCAUCAUGACAUUUCGGCCUGGAAAUGUCAAGAAUUUACUAUUAGCAUCUUCAUUGUGCCAUCAUAUCAGUACUCUGCUGGGUCUACGAUGGGAGUUGAGAGGUCGAGAACAUCUGGAGAAAGAGCGGGCCUGUAUCAUAGUCUCCAAUCAUCAGAGUUCCAUCGACAUUCUGGGAAUGUUUGAUAUUUGGCCAGUUAUGGAUAAAUGCACUGUUGUUGCUAAAAAAGAAAUUUUCUACUUUUGGCCGUUUGGACUUGCUGCCUGGUUAUGUGGACUAAUUUUCAUCGACAGAAUGAACUCUGAGAAGGCACGAAAUACUCUUAAUAGAGCUACGGAUAAUAUUAAAGAGAAAAAGAUUAAAUUAUGGAUUUUCCCUGAAGGCACGAGACACAACGAUGGUGAAAUUCAUCCUUUUAAGAAAGGAGCUUUUCACAUGGCUAUCAACUCCCAAUUGCCCAUUCUACCUGUCGUAUUUUCAUCUUAUUACUUUUUGAAUACAAACGAGAAGAAAUUCGAUCCGGGUCGCGUCAUCGUUACAACUUUACCCCCAAUUUCCACUAAAGGCUUGGGACCCAAAGACAUUGAAUCACUGAUGGCGAGAACGCAGUCAAUAAUGACGGAAGUAUUCCAUGUAUCUAGUGGCCAAGUCCAGCAAACGGUCUCAUGCAAACUCCAUUCUCAGUAAUACACAGAGAAUGCAUAGAAAAUCCGACGGGCGAAACCAAAGACUUGACUAUACAUUUUACAAAACAGCUUUUGAUAAUUUAUUAUUGAUGAUUCGAAGGGUGAUAUAUGCAGUGAUACGUACAACCAACGAUAAUUUCCAUGUGGAUAUAUUUCUUAUUUUCUUUUUUAAAUCUUGACUUAUAAUUUCAAAAGUACUCGUUAGAAUUAGUAUUCAACUAAUGGUAAUUUACAUGAAAGAUGAUUAUUGUCAUCUCGAAACUCAAAUUUUAUCGCCAUACUUUGUGUAUUCAGUAUUGUUCCUCUCUGAUGAUUUCUAUUUUGUUAUGACAAGUGAUAGCAAAUAGCAAGUACUUGGCUUUACAAGUAGUACUACUAGUGUGUAUUCAAAACAUUUCCAUCAACUUGAAUUUUACUUAUUUAUUAUACUCAUGUACUCAUUUUUCGAAUUUUAUACAAGUGGAUUGUUUGAAAUUUCAAUAAUUGAAUUAAAAUAUUAUUUGUAGAUGUGAAAAUGAUUUGUGUCCCAUAUUUUUUUGUUGGAUUAAAAGGGAUAAAGAAAGAAAAAACAUGAAUGACGACAAGAGUGAGCAUUUGUAAUAAAUAAAUUGCCACAUUCUGAAGAA